UUGUCCUCCCUCCAGUCCAGAGGAGGGGUCUGGUCUUGCAGUAGGCCGCUGUGGAGGGGUUGUCCUGUCUUGUACUGAUAAGCUGAACAGACGCACAGUGUUGGUUCGACCCGUCAGCAAACAGGACUCCUUCAGCCACAUCUCUGGCUUCCUUCCUCCUACAGCAGCCAAGGUCCUGGAGGUGUCCUCUCACCAGCAGCACGGAUUCUUGUCCAUCACAUACACCCAGGCGGUCACCAGAAACGUCCGCCACAAGCUGACCACGCGGCUGGAACGACCGGGGUCUCGCGGGGCCCAGCGGCUGACGGAGGGCCCGGCUGACGGGUCUCCCCACUACCUGAGAGAGAUCCUGCUGACCGCCCAACCUUUUGACCUGGUCCUCUCCUGUCCCUUACUGGCCACCGUAGCCGGGGUGUUCCACGCCGCGCUGCCACGACGAUACCGGGACCUGGGCAAAACGGCGGGCCAGCCGAUGAGAAGUCACGCCCUGACGUCACGCAGCCUGCCGCUGCUAUAUGUCAACACAUCAGUGAUCAGGGUGUUUUGUCCCGGGAACCCGGACAGACAGGACAGACACACAGAGUCCCACCUGAGGAGAGAGAGAGAGGACACUCUGGUACUGAAGAUAGGAUCUGUCAGCAUGGCUCCGCAGGCAGAUAACCCUCUGACCAGAACCGUGCUACGAAACGACAUCUACCAACGAGCGUUGAACCUGGGCAUCCUGCGAGACCCGGGGUCAGAGGUGGAGGACCGGCAGUACCAGCUGGAUCUGCAGUCCAUCAACAUCGGGACCGCCCAAUGGGAGCAGCUCAAACCAGAGAAGGAGGGGUCUAAGGGGGGCGUGUCCACCGAGACAGAGAGGAACUCACAGAACCCUGCCCUGGAAUGGAACAUGGCCAGCAGUAUCAGGAGACACCAGGAGAGGAGAGCUAUCCUAACCCCGAUCCUGACUGACUUCUCUGUUCCUCCUCUUCCUCCCCCCCAGUAUCAGGAGACACCAGGAGAGGAGAGCUAUCCUAACCCCGAUCCUGACUGACUUCUCUGUUCCUCCUCUUCCUCCUCCUCUUCCUCCCCCCCAGUAUCAGGAGACACCAGGAGAGGAGAGCUAUCCUAACCCCGAUCCUGACUGACUUCUCUGUCAGAGUGACAGCAGCACCUGCCAUCAUAUUCAGCAAGCCCGUAUCCCCUGACAACAGACAAGUGGAGGAAGUGCUGGUGUGUGGUCACUCUCUGGAGGUGAAUGUAACAUCUAGCCUGGAGUUUUACCUCAGCGUGGCCCAGGUCCACCUGCUGCAGUGGCUGCUCCGAGCCAACAUGGUGGCGGGACAGGCCCCAGAGAAGACCAGCCAGGUAACAGCUGGUCACAUCCGUACUCAGGUUAACUAAGUCUUCUGUGUCACAUUGCCGGGCAAGUUAGUUGCAGCAGUAUUAAACACCGAACGUGGCAUACGCAAACCAACAACAUGUGAAGAGGUCUGAGUCGAUGAUAACAUGGCUAUAUACACUGGGUACCAGUACUGAGUCUAUAUACACUGGGUACCAGUACUGAGUCAAUGAUAACAUGGCUAUAUACACUG